AUUCAUCCUUUUUGCCUAUUUCUUCUCUUUCUACUUUUCUAAGAGCAAAAAGGAAGAUAUUUUGACCGCAACGUCGUAUCUUUAUCCUUUAAUUUAAUCUCCCUCUUUUUUCUUCCUUGUUCACCUCGUUUUCUUCUCGUCUUUCUUGUUUCUUUCCGCCGUCAUCAGAGGACAAGUACCAUGGCAACUAGCUUCUUUGAUCCGCGUACGAUCGAAUCUACCAAGAACACGAUCGCUGCUUUCAUGAAGACCGCUUUCGGUCAACCUACAAUUUCGACCACGGCUAUUGUUUGUUCGGCGGUGGUGGGCUUAUUCGCUUACGAACAAUAUGUGUAUCUGAGCAAAAAGAAGAAUCUUCCUGGUCCCACCCUGAAGAUUCCUAUCAUUGGUGCGUUUAUGGAUUCACUGUAUCCCACCUUUGAAGGAUACAUGAGCAAGUGGAAAAGUGGCGAAUUAUCCUGCGUCAGUGUGUUUGAUCGAUUUGUUGUGAUUGCUUCGACAUGUGACCUGAGCCGAAAGAUUCUGAAUGCCCCUGUGUAUGCCGAACCCGCGGUCGUCGAUUCGAUGAAGCAUAUCCUGUGCGCUGACAACUGGGUGUUCCUCAGUGGUAAAGCCCACGUUGACUACCGUAAAGGAUUGAAUGUCUUAUUCACGAGAAAGGCGCUUGGCAUCUAUAUUCCUAUUCAGGAAAAGGUGUACCAGAAGCAUUUCCAAGAAUGGCUGGCUUUGGAUGGCAAGAUUGAGCAAUAUCAACUCCGUUUCCGAGAAGUGAACAUGGAAUCGUCGUUGCGUGUGUUCUUGGGUGAUUACAUGUCCGAUGAAGUUGCUGCGACCAUUUCUCAGGAGUAUUUUAAUAUCACGGCUGCCCUUGAAUUGGUCAACUUUCCUAUUCCGUUGCCAGGCACCAAGGUGUACAAAGCUAUUCAGUCCCGCAAAUAUAUUGUGAAACAUUUCAUUGAAUGCGUCAAAGAUUCUCGCGUUCGUAUGGCCAAGAAUGGUCAAGUCAAGUCCAUGAUGGAUGCGUGGAUUCGAUCCAUGUUUGACUAUGAACUCGAAUGCGAACAGAACAACAAGCCGGCUCCUCGCAAAUUCACCGACCGUGAAAUCUCUCUCACUAUCUUGACUUUCUUGUUUGCCAGUCAGGACGCCACCUCUUCGGCUUUGACAUGGGGUUUCCAACUGUUGGCCGAUCAUCCCGAUGUGCUCGAAAAGAUCCGCGACGAACAGAACAAGAUCCGUGGCGAACAAGGAUUGAAUCAUCCUCUUACUCUCGAAUUGAUGGAAGCAUCCGUGUACUUGCGUCAGGUCGUCAAGGAGAUUUUGCGUCUUCGUCCCCCGGUGUUGAUGGUUCCUUACCAAGCUACUCGUGAAUGGCCCAUCACUGAAAACUACACCGUUCCCAAGGGUGCCAUGGUUAUUCCCACCACUUAUCCUGCCUUGCAUGAUCCUGUUGCGUACCCCAAUCCUGACAGCUUUGAUCCUGAUCGAUGGGGCCCCAAUGGCACGGCUGAAAAGUUCCCCAAGAACUUCAUGGUCUUUGGCAACGGUCCUCAUCACUGUCUUGGACGUGAAUAUGCCAUUAUGCAUCUCAUGGCUAUCCUUGCCCAAGCUUCUCUUCAAAUGGACUGGACACAUCAUCGUACCGAUAAGAGUGAUGAUAUCUCUAUCUUUGCCACUAUCUAUCCUCAAGAUGGCUGCUACAUGAACUUCACCCCAAGGAAGACCACCGCCAACUAAGCUGGUUACGCUUGCAAUGUUUUUUUUUGUGAACGAAUGCCGUUCAUCCCAUUUUUGUGCUCCUUUUCUUUUUUAGAUUAUCUCGCCAUUAUUCUUUUACAUCAUUAUUUUUUUCCUUCUUGUUUGUUUUUUUUUGUUGUUGCUCCCCCAACAUAUCCAUGAUAUAUUCACUCUAAUGCUUCUAAUUAUUC